UUGUUUUUAUUAUAAGCUGUCAAAUUUUUAAAGAAAAAUUUUGUGUUAACUAUUUGUGUUUUAUAAUAGUAUUUUAUUCUGUAAAAAACAUGUCUAAAGAACUUAAUAAUGAAGACAUGUUUAUUGUUGAUGCAAAACCUGCCGAGAAUUUAGACAUUGUGCCGUCAUAUAGACAAAAAAUUGAUGAAGUUGUUCCAAAGCAGCUGAGUUUGAAUGUGACUGAUGAAAGUAAUGAUUGCGCUCCUACAGGAAUUUGUUUUAAUUGCCAAGGAAGUCACAGCUUGCGCGAUUGCACGAAACCAAGAGAUCAUGAAGCAAUUUUAAAUAACCGUAAAAAAUUACAAACAACAACAAGAUAUCAUCUAGAUCUAGAAGAUGAACAACAAUAUGGCCACUUCCAAGUAGGAUGCAUAUCUAAUGAGUUACGAGGUGCAUUAGGCUUGGGACCUAAACAAAUUCCGAUGCAUGUUUAUAAAAUGCGAGUUUUUGGUUAUCCUCCAGGUUGGUUGGAGGAUCACAAAAUCAAGCAUAGUGGAUUGAGUUUAAUCGAUGCCCAGGUCAAGAUGUACCAAAAAUCCAAUUCUGAAGACGGUGAACUUGUAGUAAAUGGGCAAGAUUGUAAAUAUGAUGUAAAAAAGCUUAUAACAUACCCGGGUUUCAAUACUAAACCAGAAACUGGUACUUUAGAUGAAAGCAAAUGUUAUGGAGUGCCUCCUUUUAACCCAUUGUUAGACAAGGAUUCGAUGAUAAAAAGAAUUGCUGAUGAUGCAGAAAGAAGCAAAAUGAACUCUCCAGAACUUCCAACAAAUAAAAAUAUCGAUGAUAUGGACAUUGCCACUGAUGAACCUUCACCAACAAAGGACCACGAUCAGAAUGCAUUUUCUCAUUCUUUAUUAUCUUCAACUCCUAAACCUGCUUGUACAUCUGGAGAAAGGACACAGUCACCUGCCAUCGAGAGAUGUGAGCUUAAUAGGCCAUGUUCACCUUCAUUAACAGAGUUAGAGAAUGAAAGAGAUUACUUUUACAAGAACUAAAUGGUUUUUCUGCAUCACUAUCAUAUGAAUCAUUGCGGGAUGACAGUUUUGUAGAAAGUAAUAAAGAUAAUUCUAUUAAAAGUAAGGAUGCUCAACUGGAUUCCACACAUGAAGCUGAGAAAAAUACUGAUAAUAA